AUGCAGCGCGGUCCUUCUGGUUAUGGCCUCAGUGGCCCUCCGCAGUAUGGCGGUCCUUCCAAUGCUGAGGAGUCCAAUGGCAACAUCCUCGACCAGAUUCGCCCUUAUACCAGCAAGGUUGAGGACUUCCUAGACAGUGCCAGCGAGCCCAUCAAACCCUACCUACCUGCCAUUGGCCGAUUCCUGAUUGUUGUUACCUUCCUGGAGGAUGCGCUGCGAAUCGUGAUGCAGUGGAGCGACCAGCUCUUGUACCUGCAUGACUACCGACACAUCCCCUCGGGCAUCACCCACAUUUUCCUCAUUGUCAACGUCAUCGCCAUGGUAGCUUGCUCCACCCUUGUCAUCGCCAGAAAGCAUUCGGACUACGCCGUCGCUGGACUCAUGGGCGUCGUCGUUACCCAGGCUCUCGGUUACGGCUUGAUUUUCGACCUCAACUUCUUCCUUCGAAAUCUGUCCGUCAUUGGUGGUCUUCUCAUGGUUCUCUCCGACUCUUGGGUGCGCAAGACCAAGGCUUUCGCCGGACUUCCCACACUCGAUGAGAAGGAUCGCAAGAUGUACUUCCAACUGGCCGGCCGUGUUCUGCUCAUUUUCCUCUUCAUCGGAUUCGUCUUUACUGGCCAAUGGUCCAUCUGGCGCGUAAUGGUCUCUCUGCUGGGAGCUGGCGCUUGCGUCAUGGUUGUUGUCGGUUUCAAGGCCAAGUUCAGCGCCACCCUUUUGGUUGUCAUUCUGAGCAUCUUCAACCUGUUUGUUAACAACUUCUGGACUCUCCACGAACACCACCCACACAAGGACUUUGCCAAGUACGACUUCUUCCAGAUCCUGUCCAUUGUUGGUGGUCUCCUUCUGCUGGUCAACAGUGGCCCCGGCCAGUUCAGUAUCGACGAGAAAAAGAAGGUCUACUAA